GAUUGUGUUUGCGGUGGUGGGCAAGCUGGGCUGCAGCGGCGCCUGGGCGGUGGGCCUCACCUUCGCCGCGGAGCUCUUCCCCACCGCACUGCGCUCGGCGGCUCUCAGCGUGGCUAGCCAGUCGGGUGACCUAGGCGGGUUAGUGACCCCGCUGCUGCUCAUGCUGGCCAGCCUGAGAAGCCCGGGAGACAGCAGCGCUGGCAGCAGCGGUGGCGGAGGCAGCGGCAGCAGUGCUGGCGGCGACACGGGUGUGCUGGGUCGGCUGCUGCAGCGGCUGCCAUUCGCGGUGAUGGGCCUGAUGUCGCUGGCCGCCAUGGGACUCGUGUGGAAGCUGCCCGAGACCCGCGGCAUGCCCCAGCUGGACACCUUUGAGGAGCUGCUGGAGUGGCUGGCGCGGAGGAGCAGGAGGAGCAGCAAGAGGAGGGGGAGGGCGGACAGCCAUCAUGAUCGCUUACAGCAGCAGAGCCG